AUGGCGCCUAACUGGCUUCUACGUUGGUUAGACACUUUUACUGAAGCUACUCUCACCAACAUUGGUUUUUCUAGUUCCGAUCAUACUCCCAUCUUUUUACAACCUGAUGCCCAUCAUAGUACUUUCAAUGCUCCUCGUUUUCGUUAUGAGAACGCGUGGUCUCGAGAGCCCAUUUGUGCACAGAUUGUAAGAGAUUGCUGGGAUAUGCACAGGAACUUAUCCCUCUUUGAUAAAAUAAAAUUUUGUGGGGAUAAUUUGACAAAGUGGGCUUCGGAUCUCACUGGUAAUUUCAAGGGUCGUAUUUCUACCAGUAAAAAGAAAAUGGCACAACUGAAGCAGCACCAUAAUUUUCCCUUGAAUGUCGAGUUUGUUAAUGAACAAAAUAAUUACUCUGAACUUUUAGCUCAACAAGAGAUCUAUUGGAGACAAAGAUCGAAGCAAUUUUGGUUACACAACGGGGACAAAAACACCAAAUACUUUCAUGCCAAUGCUAGUCCCAGAAAAAGGAACAAUCAAAUCUUGCACUUAAAAAAUUCUGCUGGAGCUUGGACCGAUUGGGGAAACGGUCUUGACCAGGUUAUCACCUCUUACUUUUCAGAUUUAUUUACUGCUAAUUGUUCCUUGCAAAAUACUGUUGCUACUGAUGUCAGAUGCUCUGUAACUAAUGCUCAAAACGAAGAACUUUUGAAACCAGUUGUCGAAGAAGAAAUCAAAACUGCCCUAUUCCAGAUGCAUCCAGACAAAGCACCUGGCCCUAAUGGUAUGGGUCCGGGAUUUUUUCAGAAACAUUGGGACAUUGUGAGAGCAGAUUUGGUUAAACUUGUUACUUUGUUACCGGCUGUUUUUUGCGGGAGUUGA